AUGCUGCACCACUCUGAAGUCGCCAAGCACGCAGACGCCGACUCGCUGUGGCUCAUCGUCAAGGGCCAGGCCUACGACCUUACCGAGUUUGCUCCCGAGCACCCUGGUGGCCGCAACAUCCUGCUCAAGUAUGCCGGCAAGGAUGCCACCGAGCCGAUCCACCCUCCCGGCACGCUCGAGCAGUACCUCCCGAAGGACAAGCACCUGGGCGACGUCGAUUUGACCGGCCUCGAGAUCGUCGCCAAGGAGGAGACGCAGGAGGAGAAGGACCGCAAGCAGCGCGAGGCCAACAAGCCGCCGAUCGACGAGUGCCUCAGCCUGUACGACUUCGAGGCCGUCGCCAAGUCGGUGCUGCCGACCGCCGCCUGGGCCUACUACUCGUCCGGCGCCGACGACGAGAUCACGAUGCGCGAGAACCGCAACGCGUACCAGCGCAUCUGGUUCCGGCCCGCCAUUCUGCGCGAUGUUGAGAAGGUCGACUUCUCCUCGACCAUCCUCGGCCACAAGGUGCGCCCGACCACCAUUUACAUCACCGCGACGGCGCUCGGCAAGCUCGGUCACCCUGACGGCGAGAAGAACCUGACUUGGGCCGGCGCCGAGCAGGGCAUCAUCCAGAUGAUCCCGACUCUCGCCUCGUGCUCCUUCGACGAGAUUGUCGACGCCGCCAAGCCCGGGCAGGUCCAGUUUAUGCAGCUCUACGUCAACAAGGACCGCGAGAUUACUCGCAAGAUCGUUCAACAUGCCGAGAAGCGCGGCAUCAAGGGCCUGUUUAUCACGGUCGAUGCGCCGCAGCUCGGUCGCCGCGAGAAGGACAUGCGGCAGAAGUUCGCCGACGAGGGCUCGAACGUGCAGCGCACCAAGGGCGAGUCGGUCGACAAGUCGCAGGGUGCGGCGCGCGCCAUUUCGUCGUUCAUCGACCCGAGCCUCUCGUGGAAGGACAUCCCGUGGUUCAAGUCGAUCACCAAGAUGCCGAUCGUCCUCAAGGGCGUGCAGCGGUGGGAGGACGCCGUUCUCGCCGCCGAGGCGGGCCUCGCCGGCGUCGUCCUCAGCAACCACGGCGGUCGUCAGCUCGACUUUGCCCGGUCCGGCAUCGAGAUCCUUGAGGAGGUCAUGCGCGAGUUGAGGAGGCGCGACUUGCUCAAGAACGGGUUCGAGGUCUACAUCGAUGGCGGCGUUCGUCGUGCGGGCGACGUCCUCAAGGCGAUCGCUCUCGGCGCGACCGCGGUUGGCAUCGGCCGGCCUUUCCUGUAUGCCUACUCGGCCUACGGCCACGAGGGAGUGUCGCGCGCGAUCCAGAUCCUCAAGGACGAGAUGGAGAUGAACUGCCGGCUCAUCGGCGCACCGACGCUCAAGGACGUGACGCCCGACAUGGUGCGUCGAGCUCGCCACCUUCAUGCCCUCCCGCCGCCACUGACUUUCUCUACCUCGCCCAGAUCGACACGGCCGCGCUCGGUCACCGUAUCGUCGAGGGCGUCCCCGACUACCUCAUGCGCGCCAACUACGAGCCUCUCGCUGGUGGUGCGUCCUCGUCCUCGUCCCCUUCCCUGA